AUGGCACCUUCUACAAGAUUUCAAGUAUAUGUCCUGGCCUUUUGUGCAACCCUUCUCAUUCAAAGUGGCUGUUAUGGCGUCUCUGUGCAUCAGAGAAAACAUGCAGCCUUAUUCAUCUUCGGGGAUUCACUAUUUGAUGUUGGAAAUAAUAACUACAUAAAUACUUCCACUAACUUUCAAGCAAAUUUCUUCCCAUAUGGAGAAACCUUCUUCAGGUACUCAACCGGUAGGGUUUCUGAUGGUCGUCUAAUCCCAGAUAUUAUUGCUGAGUUUGCAAACUUGCCAAUGAUUCCACCGUACUUGCAACCCGGUUUCGUCAAUCAUACUAAUGGGGUGAACUUUGCAUCUGCUGGGGCUGGUGCUGUAGCUGAAACGUUUCAAGGAUUUGUGUUAGACCUUAAAACUCAACUGGAUCAUUUCAAGAAUGUGGAGAAGCAGUUGAGGCAGAGACUAGGUGAAGUUGAAGCUCACACAUUGUUGUCCGAAGCUGUAUACUUGAUUAGCAUCGGAAGCAAUGAUUACAUUGCCCCGUUCAUAACAAAUUCAAGUCUGUUCGAGUCCCAUUCACAUGAGGAAUAUGUUGGCAUGGUGAUAGGAAACCUUACAAAUGCGAUCAAAGAAAUAUACAAGAAAGGAGGAAGGAAAUUUGGGAUUGCAGGCAUGGAACCUUUGGGUUGUUUACCGGGCAUGAGAACAACUAAACCAGGAAACACAAGCACCUGUGGAGAAGAAGUAAAUGCUAUUUCAAAACUCCACAAUAGAUUACUUGCUAAAGUCCUCCUAAAUCUGAAAGGACAGCUCCAAGAGUUCAUUUACUCGAAUCCAAAUUUUUACUCUUACCUAAAUGACCUGGUUCAAAAUCCAACAAAACAUGGUUUCAAGGAAGGAAAGAUGGCAUGCUGUGGCUCUGGUCCAUUCAGAGGAAUUAUGAGCUGCGGAGGGAAGCGAGGUGUGACUGAGUAUCAGCUAUGUAACAAUGUUGCUGACUAUGUCUUUUUUGAUUCCGGCCAUGCAACGGAAAGGGUUUACCGGCAAGUUUCCAAGUUAUGGUGGAGCCGUACGCCUGAUGUUACAGCACGUUACAUGAAUUUGAAAGAGCUAUUUGAAGUAUAUAAUAAGAAUUAGAAUGCGCUGUCUUUUCCAGUAAUCAACUCCGGUUUUCAAGGUAGAUAUAUCAUAUAUGUAUGUAGUAGUUAUUCGUUACUUAAUUGCUUUGUAAUGAUACUUUCUGUGUACAAAUUCUUCUAAGAGCCA